AUGGCCGAAGCAAUCGGCGUAAUCUCCGCUGUCCUCGGCGGCGCCGACGUCUGUCUCCGCACCGGCCGAAGCCUCUACCACCGCUACCGCAACUACAAAGACGCUGAGCAAGACCUCAGAGACCUGACCGUGCUGCUGAAGAACCACUGGCUCAAAAUCGAGGCCAAGGUCGGCCUCAUCAAAGACCUCCAAGAGGUUCUCGGCGAAACCCUACACCAGCACUUCACUGAGCUCUUCGAGAUCCUGAUCCGCAAGUUGGGCGAAGCCCAACACAAGAUCGAAUCCGUGGACCGCAAACAGGGCCGGCUGAAACGCGCCAAGUUCGCCGCGCUGGUCAAGGAGUCGCUGGAGGCCGCGAUUGCAGAGCUAGAUAAAUGGCAGGCCCAGGUGGAGCUACCGUAUUAUCUCAUGGCGCGGAUCAAUAACCCGCGCGUGGACGAGAAGCUGACGGCGGUGACGCAGCGGUCGCGGGGGGAUACAAAGGGAGCUGAGGAGAUCAAACGCUUGCGCGACACGAUGCAGGGCGACGGCGGUGGAGGGGGGACUACGCCGGGCGGCGGUGAGGGCGGCGGGGCAGAGAAAAAAAGAAAGACCUGGUGGGUGGAGGCAAAGGAGCUGGGUGAAACCGGGCGGGUGAUUGAUCCGUACAGCACCUCGGCGCUCAAGCUCGUCAGGCUGGCGUCUACCGGUAAGGAGUGCCUCGUGGACACCAUCACGAUCAAGAACCUCACCGAUAACGGCGAUAUGGCGACGGCGGGGAUCCGGGACGUGGCACGCAUCCUCGCACAGUCGGAGCCUUUGACGUUCGGCAUCCUGAAGUGCCACGGCGUGGUGAAGGAGUUGCGAAACCAGAAGACCGAGAUAGUGUUCCAGGUGCUCUUCUCGAUCCCGGAAAGGCCGAACAAGCUGUACCAGCCCCGCACCCUCCGCAGCUACCUGGCCGCCGCAAAGGACGAGCGGCGGACAAAGUAUCCUCUGAACGAGCGGUUCGCCCUGGCAAAGAGGCUGGCGCGGAGCAUCAUGUUUGUACACACAUCCAACCUUGUGCACAAGAACAUCCGGCCAGACACCAUCGUGCUGUUCCAGGACGGCAAGUCGCUGAUGGGGAUCCCGUUUCUCGUGGGCUUCCAGAAGAUCCGGCCUGCGAAUGGGGCGACGUGGAUGGUUUCGGACGCCGAGUGGGAAAAGGACCUGUACCGGCAUCCGACGAGGCAGGGGCUCAAGCCGGAGGAUACGUACAAGAUGCAGCACGACAUCUACAGUCUCGGGGUCCUCCUGCUCGAGAUCGGGCUCUGGACGUCGUUCGUGCAGUGGAACGGGAAGGAUAAGUAUUUUGAGCCGGGCCCGGACUUGAAGGUGGAUGCGGAGACGCUGGCGAUUAAGGAUGUUAAGAGGAAGGCGAAUAUCAUCAAGGAUCUGCUGCUGCGCAUGGCGAUGGAGCUUCUGCCGGGGGCGAUGGGGCCCAAGUAUGCGGAGGUGGUCAUCUCGUGCUUGACGUGUCUGGACAAGGGGAAUGACAAGUUUGAGAGCGAGGAGGGCCUGGUGGAUGAGGAUGGCAUCGUGGUGGGCGUGAGAUAUGUCGAGAUUGUUGCGAUGAAACUGGAGGAGAUAGAGGUCUGA